AUGGAAAUUAGCAGUAAGAUAUUACGUAGAUUGUAUCGUGGUUAUUCGAUGGGUCGUUGCCGAAGAGAGGUCCUUGGACGUCCUAGUUUGGCCUCCACCUUGCCCUUAGAUAUAACCAUGGAUCACAUCGGUACUCCGGAAAACAUGUUGGAAAACCAAACACAGGCUGGCAAUCCACAUAGUAUUAGUAUGGUAGCUCUUCCGCAUGAUUCUCUCACGCCUGAAUGCCGGUUACGUACCAUUGGGGAGGUUGACACCCCCGACAAGGCUCAACCGCCUAUCGGAAAUGGAUUUACAACUUGCGAGACUGCUACGGUGGAACAUGCCGUUGGUCUGAAUCUAGUAGACGCUUCUGUGCAGCAAAGUACUGGCUCUGUCGGGCGUUCGCAAAUAUCCACCCUCCAGUCUGUUGUCUCAGAACCACUGAACAAUUCCAACCAAACUGGACGUUUAUAUACUCUUGGUGCACAACAAAGUACGACCGAAUGCGAUUCCAUGCGGCUUAAGUCCCUCGGAAGCUCUGAAGUUGCUUUGCGUCAAGUUCAUCCCGAUCAACUGGUCGUAUAUUUCAAGGAUAUGCCUAGACGUCGAUAUGCUCCGGAGGCCAUUAUCAAGCAGCGAAAACUAGUGAAAUGCCAGGCCAGUUUGAACACCGGUGCCCACAUGCAUUCGGAUAUAUUCGACACGGACGAUGAAGAAAGCGAGCUCACUCCUGAAUCUGCACUUGCCGCGUUACAAUCUGCUGCGGAAGCCGGACAGGCUUGGGCCGCAGAAGGGGAUGAAUCUGAAAUAAAGGAAAUCGAACAACCCCCUGGAACUGCGCCCCUUCUCUCUUUCUCUCGCUUGUUCAAUAAUUCAUCUGCAUCAAGCUCGUCUCCCAAUCACGAGCCGGACAGACUGCAAACCCACACCACGGCAGUGGACGUCCAAGCUCCGUCAACUGGUCACUCAAACACGAGCGAAGAUAAUGAUGCUGUAGUCCCGGUAUCUGGUUGGCGCCUCAUGGCACUAUCCGCAGCAUUCCUAACGGGCGCUUCACUUGUUGGUCUGACCGUACUACUGGAAACCGAGAUUCAUUCACCGUUGACGGCGGCGAUCCGUAGCCAUCCUUGGCUUCUAGAAUUUGAUGCUCGCUACUAUCGUCCUUUGCGAUCAGCCUUUUUUAGUUUGUGGCGUCGCUAG